CCCUACCCCUUGCAGUAUAUAUACGGGCGUUCUCCACCCCUCGCAUCCUCCACUCUUUCUCAACCCGGCGGCGGCGCGCAGAGAAGGCAGAAGACCAGGCGGCGGCGCACGAAGCAGAGAAGCAGGACGGCGACCUAGCCCGACCUUUCAACCAUGGCUAGGGGUUUGAAGAAGCAUCUGAAGAGGCUCAAUGCGCCAUCGCAUUGGAUGCUGGACAAGCUUGGUGGAGCAUUUGCCCCCAAGCCCUCUUCUGGUCCUCACAAGGCCAGGGAGUGCCUGCCUCUGAUCCUUAUUCUCAGGAAUAGGCUGAAGUAUGCUCUUACUUACCGUGAGGUGCAGUCUAUCCUCAUGCAGCGCCAAAUUUUGGUUGAUGGCAAGGUCAGAACUGACAAGACCUACCCAGCUGGUUUCAUGGAUAUCAUUUCCAUCCCCAAGACUGGUGAGAACUACAGGCUCCUAUAUGAUACAAAGGGGCGUUUCCGCCUCCACUCUGUCAGGGAUGAGGAUUCUAAGUUCAAGCUUUGCAAGGUUAGGUCUGUCCAGUUUGGGCAGAAGGGCAUUCCCUACCUGAACACCUAUGAUGGCCGUACCAUCCGCUACCCUGACCCCCUCAUCAAGGCCAACGACACCAUCAAGAUCGACCUGGAGACCAACAAGAUUGUGGACUUCAUCAAGUUCGAUGUCGGUAAUGUUGUGAUGGUUACUGGUGGGCGCAACACUGGGCGUGUUGGUGUCAUCAAGAACCGUGAAAAGCACAAGGGUACCUUUGAGACCAUCCACGUUGAGGAUGCUCAGGGCCACCAAUUUGCCACCCGUCUUGGCAACGUCUUCACCAUUGGCAAGGGCACCAAGCCAUGGGUGAGCCUCCCCAAGGGCAAGGGUAUCAAGCUCACCAUCAUUGAGGAGCAGAGGAAGAGGGAUGCCGCUGCCCAGGCUGCUGCCAAGGCCUAAAUCAGUUUAGUGCCGAGUUUAUCUGCAAGGAUAUAGAAUUAUGUUCCAAGAACUACCUCCGUUAAGUUUUGCCUGAUGUUUGUUGGUUUGUGAACUCGUGGUUGCUCUUAGAUGUAUUGCGACAGUUUACCCUAUUCAAGUGCUAUUUCGAGGACAUCCCAUCCUUAGUUUCUUCCUGUUCGUGCAUUGUGCAAUGAUCAUGUGUUUAUCAUCUUUUUACAUUCAGUAGAAUUGACAGUUUUGAUU